AGUGCCCCAGGCCCAGAUACUUGCCGCAGACCUGCGUCUGUAUUCGCUGCAGACUGAGAGCAGCACAUCACCUGAGAGGUGCCAGGUGCUUUGCGGCUGUUACUUAUGGACUCCUCGCAGAAGCUGCACCAUGGCCCGGAGCAGGGCGCUGCUGCUCCUGCUGCUGUUGCCUCCACAGCUGCAGCUGGGACUGGUGCUCGCGGUGAGGGCCCCCGUGUUUGGCCGAAACGGCGCCCACAACCUGAGCCCUGAAGAGAACGAAUUUGUGGAGGAGGAGCCAGUGCUGGUCCUGAGGCCUGAGGAGCCGGGGCCUGGCCCAGCCACCAUGAACUGCCCCCGAGAAUGUGCCUGCUCCCAGGAGGGUGUCGUGGACUGCGGCGGUAUCGACCUGCGCGAGUUCCCAGGGGACCUGCCUGAGCAUAUCAACCACCUGUCCCUGCAGAACAACCAGCUGGAGAAGAUCUACCCGGAGGAGCUCUCCCGGCUGCAUCGCCUGGAGACUCUGAACCUUCAGAACAACCGCCUGACGUCCCGAGGGCUCCCCGAGGAGGCGUUUGAGCAUCUGACCGACCUCAAUUACCUGUACCUGGCCAAUAACAAGCUGACCUUGGCACCCCGAUUCCUGCCAAAUACCCUGAUCAGUGUGGACUUCGCUGCCAACUAUCUCACCAAGAUCUACGGGCUCACCUUUGGCCAGAAGCCAAACUUGAGGUCCGUGUACCUGCACAACAACAAGCUGGCAGACGCCGGGCUACCAGACAACAUGUUCAACGGUUCCAGCAACGUCGAGAUCCUUAUUCUGUCCAGCAACUUCCUGCGCCAUGUGCCCAAGCACCUGCCGCCGGCCCUCUAUAAGCUGCACCUCAAGAACAACAAGCUGGAGAAGAUCCCACCAGGUGCCUUCAGUGAGCUGAGCAACCUGCGGGAGCUGUACCUGCAGAACAACUACCUGACUGAUGAGGGCCUGGACAACGAGACCUUCUGGUAAGCCCCU